AGAAAAGGGAGGUAAUAAUUCAUUAUUGCAAUUUUUAAUUUGUUAUACUCGUUUAGGUUGGUGGCCAAGGAGGAUUUAAUAUGUAAGCCCUUGCAUGACUAUGUUCUACCAAAGGAGGAUUGUCUCAGUGAUGAAUGGAAAUUAUUCGAGCUUGACAUGAAAACUGUAACAGUGCAAUAUCUGGAGGAAAUUAUCUGUGAUUUUAAAUUUAGUAUUAAGAAAACAGGAACCAUGCAUGGAUUUUGUGCCUGGUUUGAAGUUGGAUUUGGUACAUCUGAUCCAAAUGGAGAACAAGUCCUACUCAAUACAGGGCCUUUACAUGAAUUAACUCAUUGGAAACAGGAUUUAUUUUUACUGGACGCGCCUGUAGAAGUGGUUCAGGGUGGCACAGUUGUUGGAAGUAUAGUAUUAUCAAGAAAUCCAGAAUAUAGACGACAUAUUAGAGCAGAGUUUAAGUUUAUGGUAACCUCAGGAAAUGAAAUUUGUAGUAAGCACAAGAAAAAAUUCUUCAUAUGGAGAUAAGUUUCUCUGUACAUUGACCUGAUCAUCAUGAGAUAUCAUAAGACGUUAACUUACAGAUGACUUGCAGUCGUCAAACCAGGCUUAUGACACUUAUAGAGGUAGUAAAGCAGAUGCUUUUAUUGCACAAUGUCAGCAGUCCAGACUCAAAACUCCUUGGCACUUUCCAUCAAUCUUCAGAAAAGGAACUUUAACAAAAUAGUUAGAAUAUACUAAUCGUACACGGUAUCUCAUUUUACAAUCAUUAAAAUAUAAAAACAUGUAGACAAGUACAUGUAAUUAAUAAGUGUUUAAAAUAAAUAACUCAUUUUAUCUUUUUAUUAUAUAUUAUGUGUAAUUUCACCUGUUUCAUACAAAUUCAAAGGUACAAAAGUAAAAUGAUAAAAAUUUA